GUUGCCUGUUAUUCCGACAGAACAUAAAGGCACCAUUAGCCUACUAUUUACCAUAACCAUCCAAGCGAUGCUAGCUUUAUCAAACAGAAGAUUUGUCGUAGCUUCCAUUGGAAAGGCAACUAUUAAUUGGUGGAGUAUGGACGAAUGACUUUAUCCAAGCUAGCAAUGUGUUUUAUAUUUUACAUUUCAAGUGAUAUAGUUAGCUAGGUAACGUCAAUCAGGUAACUGCUAACAGCAGUUAGCACUGGGUGUUUCUGGACGCUCCCUCUGACCUGAACAUCCAAGUUAAAUUUACUGGAUCAGCCUUUACUGUUUUAGUACCACUUGUGUGUCAAACCUUAGCAAUCCAUUUGGUAGUGUCCUUACUUGUGUUUGAGGAUGGACAAGUUUGUAGUGCGACUUCCAAAGGGGGAAACACCUAUAAAAUCGAAGAGCACUGAAAGGGUUUACAAACAAACUACAAUUGAAUCUUUACGGAGGGUGGUAGUGAUUGAAGACAUCAUGCGCUACAAGUCCAUGUUGGAGCUGCCAGAACAGAGCAAAGACAACCUGCUGACUGCCCUGACAGAGCUGAGCAAGAAGAUCCCAUCCAAGGAGGUGCUCAAGUCCACUAAAAUAGGUCACACCGUCAACAAAAUGCAAAAGCAUCUGGACCCCGAGGUGAGUUCAAUGGCGGCAAAGGUUUACACAGACUGGAGGACGUUCAUCGAGGAGAAUUCCAAUAAGCCAUCUAUUGAAGUGCGCUCCGACAAACAAUCUGAAGGACUCAGGAGCAACGCUAGAAGACUAAUGUCCGAAGCUCUGGAGGUGAAGGAGGAUUCUGGUCUUAUAGACAUCAUCGAGAGAGAAGUGUUUCAUCAGAGUUCCCGGUUAGUCAGCAGCUCAUACAGAAGGACUGUUAGAGCGCUGGUGUUUGCCUUCAAACACAACCCUGAGAUCAGAACUCAGGUGAAGGACAAGACAAUAUCUGUCAAUCAGCUGGUUUCUAAAUACAAAAAAUAACUAAAAAUGAAUAAGGCUUAGCCUCUGCCUGCAUAUUGAAAACUUCUGGUUUAUAUGAAAUUUAUUGAGGUUUUUGAUGCACACACAUUUUGUGUGUUUUUUUUAAUUAUUAUUUUAUUUUCUUGAUUUUCUGUAAAGAAGAUACAAAAUACUUUUUACAUUUUUACAUUUUGUGGCACAUCAGAAGCCUUACACUGUUUAACUGUGCGUAAUUCAUUGUCAAGAAUGUACAAUUUAUUCUUAGUGAUGAUGAUAAUGCUGUUCUUUGUGCUGGAAUCAUGUAUGGAUUUUUUGUUCAUAGAUGCUUUUUUAUAUUGUUGGUGAACAUUGUUAUAGAAAAUAUGAUUUUAAAAUAUGACAACUUCAA